GCUAAGUCCUUUGCUUUCUUUCGCUGUUUCAUUAGAUUCAUUUCAAGGCUCCACUCUGUGAUUUACUCUAUACUAAUGUGUUCAAUCUGUAUAGUUUUUUUUUUCUUUCAAGUUCCGGGAAUACACACACACACACACACACACACACAUAUAGGGAGGUUGAAAGGGUCCAUUUGUUGUUCUGCGUCUUCUCUAAGGGACUCGUAAGUAUUUAAGGUUGCUUGUGGCGGCAAGAGACUGUGAUAUCAUUCAUGAUGUUUCGUCUUCGGAGUAAUUCUCAUCACGAUCAGAAGAAUGAUCAAGUGCAAUCAAAGAUCAAAGAGCUUAGGCCUGCAAUGGGACCACUAUCUGGGCGUGCUUUACAAUACUGUACAGACGCAUGCCUGAGGAGAUAUUUGGAAGCUCGUAACUGGAAUAUGGACAAAUCAAAGAAGAUGUUGGAAGAGACACUUAAAUGGAGAUCAGCCUAUAAGCCUGAGGAAAUCCGCUGGCAUGAAGUUGCAGUUGAAGGAGAGACAGGAAAAUUAUACAGAGCAAGCUUCCGUGACCGAAAUGGAAGGACUGUUCUUAUCUUGAAACCAGGGCUGCAGAACACAAAAUCCAUAGACAAUCAAAUGAGACAUCUGGUUUACCUCAUAGAGAAUGCUAUCCUAAAUCUUCCAGAAGGUCAAGAACAGAUGUCAUGGUUGAUAGACUUCAGUGGAUGGACAUUGAGCACCAGUGUACCCGUCAAAUCAGCUAAAGAUACUGUCAAUAUUUUACAAAGUCACUACCCUGAGAGGCUAGCCGUAGCAUUUUUGUACAACCCCCCUCGGAUUUUUGAAGCAUUCUGGAAGAUUGUCAAGUAUUUCCUUGAUACUAAAACUUUCCAGAAGGUGAAAUUUGUGUAUCCAAAGAACAAAGACAGUAUGGAGGUGAUGAGAUCAUAUUUUGACGAGCAGAAUCUUCCAACCGAAUUUGGAGGAAAAGCCAAUUUACAGUAUGAUCACGAAGAGUUCUCCAAGUUAAUGGUUGAAGAUGAUAUAAAAGCUGCAAAAUUGUGGGGAUUUGACGACAAAUGCCAGUGCGAGAGUAAUGAGUAUUCAAAGGAUGAGGUUGGUCCCGAGCGAAUUAGCAUUGCACCACCAGCUGGUUGAGGUAGAAACCCUUUUAGUUUCUUCUACUAGCUCCUGGUAAAUAAUUGUAAUAACUAAUACAACCUUAUAGGGUUACUUAUGAGGCUUCGGAACUAUGAUCAAGGGCUGAUUUAACCUAUUUUCUGGGCUAGAAGGAGCAUCUGUGUUGCUACUUUUCUUCAACUACUCUUUAAAAUCAUAUGGGAACAGGAACAUUAAUUACUUCUUAUAGCCAUGCAGUACACAGGACUUUUCUUGUGUGGCUUUAAAGCCGAAGUUGUCUUGGUAAAGAAAAAUAAAGGAGAAGGAAAUGAGUCUUAAGCAAUAUUA